AUGGCUGCAAAUAGUCGACAAAAACAAUUUACAAUUGAAGACAUACGUUUUGGUUCCAUAGCUACAAAUGAAGAAAAACAGCUCAUUGAUAUAGGUUUAACUCACAGUUGUCUUGUGCAAACGCAAUUUAAGUCCAUUCAUGUAACCUAUCCAGUUCCAAUUUCAUGUUUAGGCAAAGGUAUUAAUGAAUUGAUUCCGGCUGCUAUGUCAAUCGAUAUUCGAGUGGGUGAUCUUGGAACUCAAUCUGUCGACAUGGUUGUUGUAUGCUCAACAUCGCAGAAUCUUCUGAAUGAUAUUCUUCAAAAGGCAGGAACUGAAGUAACAGAUCAAGUUUAUGCAGCAUUGAAAAAUGGCAAAAUCACUCAUAAUGGUUAUGAAACAGCAGGUGGACAAUUACUUUGUCGGCGACUUUUUUUCCUACCUUGGACAACACAAAAGCUUCACAAUAUGACGUUAAGCCAAACAAUACAAACAUUUUUUACAACUGCCAUUCAACAUGCAGUAAAUACUAAGAAAGCUUCGCUUGCAUUUCCUGCUCUUGGUUGUGGUGAAUUAAACUAUGAUCCUAAUACUAUUGCUGAAAUAAUACUUGAUGAAACUCAAAGAUAUGCAAGUUAUAAUCUAAAAAUACUGAUUGUACUUCUUCCAGAUAAGGAUGCAAACUAUCGAGCAUUUUGUGUUAAACUUUCUGAAUUACGUCAAAAAACAUCAACAAAUAAUCCAAAGAAUUUUUCCUAUCCACAUACAACCAUCAAAAUGAUGCUAACAGGAUUAGAAGAAAAGGUAAAUGAAUGCUGCAAAGCUAUGCAAGACCAUGUCAUCGAAUGUGUUCUCACAGUGGACUGUGAUGAAUUUCCAUUGCAUACUUGGAAUCAAGCCACGAUUGAUUCUUUCUAUAGAUAUUGUUCUGAAAGACAAGUUCUACCUGAAGUCAACACGUCAAAUGAUAAAUUCAAACUUUCAGGACCAAAAGAACAAGUCAAGGCAACACAAAUAGAAUUUUAUCGACUGAAAAGCAUCAAAGCUGAAGAGGAACGUAUUGCAUCUUAUGCUCGCAUUGCCGUCUGGUUGUUUGAAAUCAGAAAUGGAGUUUUUGAAAAAUAUUCACUCAAAUUGAAUGCACUAAUUGAAACAGCAUUCGCGAACAACAAUGACUUGGUUCGUGUUUACCAAUACGUUGCUUGCAGUUUUGUCAUAUUCUACUUUGUAGGUUCACUUUAA